ACGCUGUCAAUUGAGUGAGCAUCUGGAUGAUACCUAGGCAGCUAGCACUGCAAGCUAAGGUGCAGCAACUUCAUACAUACCUAAUAUAACCAUUAUGAUUACAAUCCCAGCGAUGCCAUGCAGCAUUAGAUAGGCAUCGGCGGAGGAACAGAGUGGUCUAGGCAGUGGAUUACGAUAGCGUGCAAAACUACUGUGCAGGCCGAUAACGAACGACCUCUCAUCUUCCUCCAGCCUACCAAUCCUACCUUGAGCGCCCACGACAGCGAAACCAACAAAGUACACGCGCGCAUCAUCUCGAUCGCCCUCAUCCGAGUCGCAUUCUCAUUGUCUGGGCAAUUCAGUGCUAGAUAAAGCGACCUUGUUCUCGCGGCACCCCCUUGCCAACCGCCUCAUUUCGCAAUUUCCGUCGACAACAAUCGCACGCGAAACCCCCUCAAGAUGCCAGACAAAUGGGUAGAUUGGUCCAAGAACGUGCGGUCCAAGGACUAUCGCGGUUCCUCGUCCUUCGCGACCUUUAUGAUAAUCGGGCCGGUAUGCUUCUUUCUCGGGAUCCUCUUCGCCGAGUUCCCCUAUGACUACCCUCUCCUCUGGACGUCUGACCCGAUCCUGCCCGCCUACCUCGACCAGCUCGAGACGCACCUCAAGUUCGUGCACCAGUCGCCGCCGCUGAUUUCACGGAUGCUGAGCAUCAUGAUUGGCACGGGGUUCUGCGGCUUCUUCAUCAAGCUGUUCAAGGCGUCGGAGAGCAACAUGCUGUUCGACGGCGCCUCGCUCGUUCUCUACGUCAUCGGCGUCGGCGUCUACAUCGCCAACAUCGUCAAGGGCCUACGCUUCGUGAGCGCCGGAAUCUGGCACAGCCCCGACUUCGCUGGGAAUCUGCCCCCCAGCGCCCAGAUGACCCAGGAAACGGACGGGCGCAUCGUCCUCGGCCGCGAGGACAGCCUCAAGGUCAUGGCUGCCAGCAACACCAUCCUCGCCCUCGUUCUUGUCGGUGUCCUGGUACUGCAGGCUGGCCAGUGGUAUGCCGAGCGCAAGGACAAUGAGGAGUAUGAGCGCGUCCAGAAUGAAGCUGCCACUGCUGCUGAGAAAGACAGCGGCAACGGCCAGAGCAGUCCCCCGACGGCCGCAGAGAAGAGAGCCAAUAAGAAGAAGCAGUAGAGUCACGGUCUGCCGUAAUUAGCUGGGAACCCUUCCUUCAUUCAUGUCUUAGAUCUUCCAGCAUUUAGGUAUUAGCGGAAGUGGGCAAAAUUGCUCGUAACGUAGCGCUAGGGAUGGAGAACAGAUAUAGUAGGGGGGAAAAGUUAGGGGUUAUAUGUGCAUUAUUUCCGAUGAUAAUAAAACCAUGUAUUCCGGGUCUUCUUUUGACGAUCACAUACUACCACCAGGAAAACUCCUAUUUCAGUCGCCAAAAACGCGCGAUGAAGCGUGGAAUUCCCGUGUCUUCAUAAUACCAAUUCCUAGGUAAUAACCUAUAUACAACUAGAGA